AUGUCAAAUUUGAGCCUGGUGACAACGUUCAUCCUCAUGGGCAUUCCUCAUGCACCAGCCCUGGACACCACCCUCUUUGGAAUUUUCUUUGUGAUUUAUGUACUCACCGUGGUGGGAAACCUCCUUAUCCUGCUGGUGGUCAGGGUGGAUUCCCACCUCCACACACCCAUGUACUACUUUCUGACUAACCUGUCCUUCAUUGACAUGUGGUUGUCCACUGUCACUGUGCCCAAAAUGCUGAUGACCUUCGUCUCCCCAAGGGGCAGGGCUAUCUCCUUUCACAGCUGCGUGGCCCAGCUCUAUUCCUUCCACUUCCUGGGCAGCACUGAGUGUUUCCUCUACACAGUCAUGUCCUAUGAUCGCUACCUGGCCGUCAGUUACCCGCUCAGAUACACCAGCAUGAUGAGCAGGAAAACCUGUACCCUCCUGGCCACCAGCACUUGGCUCAGUGGCUCUCUGCACUCUGCUGUCCAGACCAUACUGACAUUUCGUUUGCCCUACUGUGGGCCCAACCAGAUCCAGCACUACUUCUGUGAUGCCCCGCCCAUCCUCAAACUGGCCUGUGCAGACACCUCCGCCAAUGAGAUGGUGAUCUUCGUCAACAUCGGGGUAGUGGCCUUGGGCUGCUUCCUCCUGAUAGUGCUGUCCUAUGUGUCCAUUGUCUUUUCCAUCCUGAAGAUCUGUACCUCUGAGGGGAGACACAGAGCCUUCCAGAUCUGUACUUCCCACUGCAUUGUGGUCCUCUGUUUCUUUGUUCCCUGUGUUUUCAUUUAUCUGAGGCCAGGCUCCAAGGAUGCUGUGGAUGGGGUUGUGGCAGUUUUCUACACUGUGCUGACACCCCUUCUGAACCCUGUAGUGUAUACCCUGAGGAACAAGGAAGUGAAGAAAGCUCUGCUCAUGCUGAAAAGUGGGUCAGUAUUCACCCAAAGCAAAUAA